AUGGCUGAGACUCGGAAGCUUUGCGCUGAGGAUCCGGAGGCCCAGGCACUAACAGCAGCUGCAUGGGAGUCGCCGGACUUUCAGCGGGCAGCGGAGGUACUGACGACCCCGUCCAGCGGGGUGCGAGGAUGCCCAGUGAAUCCAGAACGCGGACACCUGCAGGCUCUGCAGAUGGCUGUGGAGUGGACCAUAGGAGGAUUCGACACGCGGCCAGUUCCUGAGGCCGCCGAGAAGAAACAGCGCGAUCGACUUGAGAUCCUGUUGCACUACCGGCAGCCGGAGGAGGAAGCUGGAAUGACGCCGCGGGUCAGGAUGUAUGACUACCUUUGCGACACCUUGUUCCACGUGCCGAUGAAGAUAGUCGGGCCUGAGGUCGUCAUCCCGGAGUUUCGGGACUUGGACGGACAGCUGGUGAAGCCCGUAUGGAUGGAG